AUGGAGAAAGACAUCGCCAGCGCGGACAAGACCGCCAAGAAAGACCUGAAAAGUCUCGCGAAAACGUCGACCGCCAAGAAGGCCGAGGAGAUCGCUAGCGUCAACGCCGAUUCAGGCAACGAUGGCGGAGGCAGCAGCAACUUGGACUCUCAGAAUGGCGGCGAGGGCGCAGACGAGGAAAAGGAUCAACGGGGGGAGGUGAAGAACAUCAUGGCUGAACUUGCGAAGAAAACGCCGGAGGAGGUGUUUGCGCAGUUCGACAUAGACGGAAGCGGACUAAUCGACUUCGACGAGUUCCGGACCAUGCUACCGCAGCUCGGCAUUAAUAUAACCAUGCCAAAGGCUUUGAGGUUUUUCCGCAUGGCCGAUCCCGACGGUUCCGGUGAGAUCGACUUCGAGGAGUUCAAGGUGGCGUUAUUCGCCGUCGACCCUGACAGCGGAAACCCCGUUGGCUUCACUCCCAGUGCCCUCUUGACUCCCCUCGAUGCCUUCGAGACGACGGAGAUGAAACUGGAGGAGAUGUUUAAGAAGUACGACACCGACCAGUCCGGCUACAUCGAAUACGCCGAGUUCAAGAAGAUCUGGGUCCGGAUGACCAACGUCAAGAAGGAGCUUCUCGACAGAGGGGUCAAGAUCCCCAAGAUCGCCACCAACCGGACGCUCUACAACAUGCUGGAGCAAAUCCUCGAUGCCGAAGAGGACAGGGAACGGCGAGCCAUGGCCGAAGCCAAGAGGUGGGCGAAGUGGCAGCUGCUCCUUAAGGACAAGCGAAGGGCGUACGAGAAGGCUCAGCGCCGGACCAAGAGCGAGCUCAAGGCCGCCCUUGACGCCGGCGGGUCGGUCUGGAUAUUCGGCACUGGCCCCUUCGGGGAGUUCACCGCGCCGCCCCCGAGGACGCUGAAACAGGGCGAGCACGAAUUUGCCAACUACGACGUUGUCAAGACCGACGACCCUGCCGAGUCUGCUGAGGGGGAGACUUCCACGGAGAACGAAGUGUUGACGGACAACCAGGACAACCACGUCGAUCCGGAGGACGACAGGAGGACAAGCCCCUUCGCUGGCCUGUGCGUGGCGAGGAGCGCGGCGGCGCUGUGGGGCCGACGGAUUGCGUCGGUGACGACGAGCGACAGCGCGGCGUUCGCCUUCAGCGAACUGGGAGAGGGGUUUGCCUGGGGAGGCAAGGAUCACUGGUGGUUCGAGAUAGGGCCGGACUCGCACUGGCAGGAGCACUGGAGGGGCGACACAACCGAGAGGAGCCGGCUACUGCUACAGACGAUGCAGAAGCAGGAGCCGGACGAGAUCAUCCCAGAAGAAAAGGAAAACGUGGAGGAGAACGAGGCGAGAAUAACCAUUUUCCUGUUGGUUGUGCAUGAUAAGUACUAG